AUGAAUGCAUUAAUUUUAGUUGGUGGUUAUGGUACACGCCUGAGGCCGUUAACUUUAACAACUCCCAAACCUUUAAUUAAUUUUUGCAAUAAACCAAUAAUAGAACAUCAAAUAUUACAUUUAGCAAAAUGUGGAAUUAAAGAGAUAAUCUUAGCUAUCGCAUAUAAACCUACGAACAUAACUAAUUUUGUUAAAGAAAUGGAAAAAAAAUAUGAUGUACAAAUCAUUUUUUCAAUUGAAGACGAACCAUUGGGAACAGGGGGGCCAUUAAAACUGGCCGAAAAUUAUUUAAAUAAAUAUGAUGAUUUCUUUGUGUUCAAUUCAGACAUAAUUUGUACAUUCCCCUUAAUAGAAAUGAUGAAUUUCCACAAGCAAAAUAAAGCCCCACUAACAAUACUGGUAAAAGAAGUGGAAGACCCAAGAGCAUUUGGUGUUGUAAUUACAGAAGAUAAAAGGAUUACAAAAUUUGAAGAGAAACCAUUAGUUCCUAAAUCAAGUUUAAUUAAUGCAGGAAUAUACAUUUUAAACAAACAAAUUUUAAAUUUUAUUCCUCAAAGGAAUUGUUCCUUAGAAAAAGAAAUUUUCCCAAAGCUAGCCAGUGAUAAUAUGUUAUAUUUUUACCAAUUGAAUAAUUUUUGGGCUGAUAUUGGUAAACCGUUAGAUUUCCUAAAGGGACAAUCAUUAUACAUGGAAAAUUUAGAAGAAAGGAAAUAUGAAAAGCAUAUGUUAUUAGAUCACUUGUUAAUUCAUUAUAGUUUAAAUGAAAAUCAUACAAAAAAUGUUGUACAUAAAAAUUUAUUUGUAAGUUUUGAAAAUAUAGAAGAAUUAAAUAAAUUUAAUGAAAAUGAAGAAAAUUCAUUUAUUAAAGAUAUUUUUCUCCACACAAAAAUUGAAGGAAACGUUUUAAUAUCAUCAACAACAAUAAUUAAACAAAAUUGUGUAUUGGGUGAUAAUGUUGUACUAGGAGAACAUGUAAUCAUAGGAGAAGGGUGUAGAAUAAAAAAUUCAUGUGUCAUGAGCCAUUCUACCAUAAGUUCUUACUCAUAUAUUGAAAACUCCAUAAUAGGGUCCAAGUCAAGAGUAGGAAAUUGGUCACGCAUUGAAGGAUUAUGUGUUUUAGGGGAAAGUGUUAUUUUGAAACCUGAAAUUUUUGUUAAUAAUGCAUUUAUUCUUCCUUUUAAGGAGGUUAACAAUUCUAUAUAUGAUAAGGGGGCAAUCAUCAUGUGA